AUGAAGAUGAUGGAGACAGGAAACCUUGUACUUCAUGAUGGCUAUAAUAACACAAUUUGGCAGUCAUUUGAUCAUCCAAUGGACAAACUGCUCUCUGGGCAGAAACUGUUGGCAGGACAGAAGCUGGUAGCUAGCAUUUCAAAAACCAAUGUGUCUGAGGGUGAUUACUCUGUUUCUUUAACAUCUAAAGGUCUGGUUGCUUUUUAUGAUGAAAUAAUGUACUUCAGCCUUUACUUCCCAGACUUUUUCCCCGAAAUUCAGACCGUGGAAAGCAUUGAACUAACUGUUAAUGGUACUUUUGGGGUGUACGCAUUAACUCGAGAAGGUCUCAAGCUCCUUUUCCCUUUUCCAAGAUUUUCUAAUUAUACAAGAAUGAAAUAUGAUUCGAAAGGUCAUCUCAGACUUUAUGAUCAUAAUUCUAAAUCUGCUGAUAUGUUGAGAGAUCAUGUAAAUGAAUGUGAUUAUCCAACAAGUUGUGGUAAUUAUGGCCUCUGCUCAAAUGGAAGGUGCUCGUGCCCUGCAGGAUUUGCUCAAGAUAAUGUCUCGAAAGCACAAGGCUAUUUCAGAUGCAACGAGGUUAAUCCAACGGCAUGUGGAAACCCCUUAUCCCACUCACUUCUGUCCUACGAAAACGUACACUACUUCAAUUAUUCUGCUGGAAUUGUGAAAGUAACAGACAUGGCGAGCUGUAAACAGUCAUGCUUAAAAAACUGUUCGUGCAAAGUUGCUCUGUUUCGGUACAACAACAAUUUUUCUUAUGGGGAAUGUCUCUGGCCUUCACCAGUCCUUUCACUUAUAAAUGAAAGAACGGAUAGAUAUUAUAGUUCGUUUCCCUUUAUCAAAAUUUCAAAUGAUGUGGGAAGUGGAAGAGGUUCUAUCCAUACAAGAACAAUAGCAGGAAUAAUUACAGGAACCAUUCUUCUGGUGGGCCUGAUUGUUGGCUUGUCUUGGAUCUUGUAUUUUAGGAAGAACAGAGAUGGAGAGGACGAGAUGGAAGAUUAUUUGGACAAACUAUCAGGAUUGCCUAAGAGAUUCACUUAUCAAGAACUAAGAGUAGCAACAAACGAUUUUCAGAAAAAGCUUGGGAAAGGAGGGUUCGGGUCAGUUUUUGAAGGAAAUACCACAGUCGGUGAGAAAAUUGCCGUAAAGCGCCUGGAUGCUUUAGGCCAAGGAAAGAAGGAAUUUCUGGCCGAGGUCAAGACUAUAGGAAGCAUCCACCAUAACAACUUGGUGAGGCUAAUUGGAUUCUGCGCAGAAAAAUUGCAGAGACUAUUAGUGUACGAGUUCAUGUGCAAUGGCUCCUUGGACAAAUGGAUUUUUCAUGAGCCACUGAAGCAUUCUCUAGAUUGGCAAAUAAGAAAGACAAUUAUCUUAGACAUUGCGAAGGGGCUGGCCUAUCUCCAUGAAGAUUGCAGGCAGAAAAUAGUUCAUUUGGAUAUCAAACCCCAAAACAUUCUCUUGGAUGCAGACCUACACGCCAAGAUAUCUGACUUCGGAUUGUCCAAGUUGAUUGAUAGGAAUCAAAGCCAAGUGUUAACCACGAUCAGAGGAACUGUUGGGUAUUUGGCACCUGAAUGGUUUAGCUCAAUAAUCACAGAGAAAGUAGAUGUUUAUAGCUUUGGAAUUGUAGUCAUGGAAGUAGUGUGUGGAAGGAAAAAUUUAGAUAGCUCACAGCCUGAGGAGUGCAUGCAUUUGCUCCCAAUUUUCAUGCAAAAAGCGAAGCAGGAUCAGUUGAUUGAUAUGGUUGACAGAAGCAAUGAAGAUAUGCAAUUGCACAAAUCAGAAGUAGUGGAGAUGAUGAAGGUAGCAAUUUGGUGUUUGCAAAGUAAUUACACAAGGAGGCCUUCCAUGUCAAAGGUGGUUAAGGUCUUAGAAGGCAAUAUGGAUGUGGAAGCUGAUCUAGACUAUAGCAUCCAUAAUGCAACAACAACGACUGCAAUAAGAAAAGCGGCAGAGCAAGCGACUACAGCUCCAUUAUCGCCAUUUAUUCUAUCGGGACCAAGGUGA